GAUCAACAGCACCACGCGGUUAUGGCUGUCGCGUAAUAGCACGGUGCGAGUCCGACUAGUUAACUUGAAUCGCUCGUGAUUAUCGCUCAGUUAUUGUCGAAUCCUCUUCUAGUUAGGACGCGUGAAGUGACUAUCACAUUGUGAUUAUUGUUGACAUUGUUUUUUUUUCAAGUGCUUAAAUUUCUCUACAAGUUUUUCACAAAAUUUAUUCAACACGUCAACUAGUGUAGUUGAUGUAAUAAAACAGCAUAUAAUGGUUGCCGAAUUCGUGGGCCGCGGUCAAAGUGGUUCCCCUGUAAAUGGUGAAAUUCCACAUCUGAAUUCAAACUUACCGGCAACGCACACACGUGAAAUGUUGUCUAACUCGACCACUCCAGUCGACGAUUUCAAUUCCUCCUACGGGAUGCAAUCUGUUAAACAUAAAGAAUUGUUCUCCCAGCGUAAACAGCGGGAAUUUACUCCAGAUAACAAGAAGGAUGACAGUUACUGGGAUAGGAGAAGAAGAAAUAAUGAAGCUGCAAAAAGAUCUAGAGAAAAAAGGAGAUUUAAUGAUAUGGUAUUAGAACAACGUGUAGUGGAAUUAACAAAAGAGAAUGCUAUUCUUAAAGCUCAAUUGGAAGCUAUUAAGGAAGAAUAUGGAAUCUGUGGAGAAAGUGUUGUUUGUGUAGAAAAAGUUUUGGCUAAUUUACCAUCUAGUGAACAAGUUCUCAGUAUAUCGAAGAGGCAAAAAAUUACUCAUACAGCUACACCUCUUAUGUUUACCACCCAAAGCCCCAUUCCUACACCUGUUAUACAUCAACCUGUAAUCGGCUCCCCGCCGCCUCAACAAAUGCCGCAUCCUCACAAUGUUCUCCAUCCUCCCCCAUCAUCACAUUUAGAACCAGCUUACAGAGAACCAGAUUACCACCAUCCACAUUACCAACUAUCUUACCACGCUGGUAUCCAUUACGACUCCAACAAUGCCCUGAAUCUCUCCAGAUCUCGAUCCAGAGUACAGUCACCAUUCGAAGUCUCAAGUAAUUCUGGAGACGAAAGUACACCAGUUGCUUUAACCACAAAUGAACCCAACAACAGUUUGCCUUUAAAAUUAAGACACAAAUCCCACCUUGGCGAUAAAGACGCUGCAAAUGCUCUUCUUGCCCUUCAAAACAUCAAGCAGGAGCCGGGACCCCGCGCAAGUCCUCCUUGGGAUGGCGAGGGCUCUAGCGACGAAAGGGACUCUGGAAUUUCUCUUGGAGCUGAAUGGUCGGCCGCUGCAACAGCUGCUGCUACUCUUCAGACUCUUAAACAGUCCCAAAUAAAUAUGCAAGACAGUGGAGAUGGUGACACCACUGUAAAACACAGACUGCAUUCAGAAAUUGUUCGACUUUCCACCGAAGUUGAGCACCUCAAGUCGAUGAUGAAUAGGAAAGAAAAGUAAAGAGGGCUCUCAUUGUUAGUUUAGUUGUCGAUGUGAUGAAGUGGUUACCAAAACGCCACUGUUUUUGUGAUGAUUCUCAAAGGAGAUUGGACAUAUCGUGCUCCAACGGAGCAUAUUUAUUAUAUUUGUAGUUAUUUAUUUAUAUUAAUUAAGGUUUAAACUGAUGGAUAUCUUCGUCUAGCACAAACACUGCUUUCAUUUGCCAAUGUUUUCCUAUGAUAAUUGUUUUUUUUUGUGUUUUUUUUUUCAUUCAUAUCUAUUUUACAAUAUUGACUUAUUGGCUGUUCAUUAAUAAUAACAGAAGGUUUUUAAAAGUAAAAUAUAUGAUUAUUUAAUCACCAUCAGUUGAUUCUACUUUGUCAACUUAUCAUAGGGAUUAACGUACCUUUUAAUGUAAGCUGAAGAAAAUAUGUGUGAUUUUUUUAACUAUUUAUCUUAUGUAUAAAUGUAUGUAUUUUUGUUAUUUACCACUAGCGAUCUAUAUUACUAUGUUAUGUUAUCUCAUUGUAUAUUUAUAAAAUAUCUUAGAAUCGCUGGACAUUACCUCAAAAUCUAAUGUUCACUUUGUUCAUGUAUGUAUGAAUCAGAAUCUGUCAUUUGUCCAGCUUUAAACAUAACUAUACAUAUUAUAAUGAAAAUAUCAAUAUUUUCCUAUUACCGUUUGAAUGUAUCCUAAUUAUGUAUUAAAAUAAAUAUUUGCAUCGUUUUCAA